CUACCAGUGGUAUUGGUACCGGUAGAGACUAUCAGAUCUGGAAAAAAAAUAGGCGGCGACAUAAAAAUGGUGGCGGCAGGGGAGGACAGCGGCACGGCCGUUUCCUUGUCGGCGCCGGGGGGGGAGGGGGGGAGGGGUACAGCCGCUUCUCCUUGAGGAAGGGGAUUGAGGGAGGAUCAAUGAGGAGAUGUGGUGGUUGGCGGUGGGAGGAGGAAGGGGCUUUGAGGAAGGGGUGGCGAUGGGAGGAGGAAGGGGAGGGCUUUGAGGAAGGGGAUUGGUGGUGGGUGGGGUGCCGGGGGUGGAGGAGAAAGGGAGCUUGGCCGGCGGUGAAGGUGGAGGGAGGGAGGGUGUCGGCGGACGGUGAUGUUUACGGGAGAGAAGGAGGAGAGAGAGAGGGAGGAUGAAGGAGUUAGGGUUUUUGUUCUUCUUAUAUGGUAGGGUUAAUGAUUGGGUGUGGUAAAUUUUUACCCUUCCCAAAAUAUCCUUCAUUUAAUCUUAACUGUUAAUUUAAAAAAAGAAGAAAGAGACAAGAGAGAGAGCGUAUCUAAGGGCUAUGAAGUGGGUUGUGAAUCUGACAACCCCCUUAGGGGUUGUCACCGUAUCUCGUCCCAACAAAUCUUCUUCCCUUCUUCUUCCUCCGCCCUUUCCCCAAUCCCUGACCAACCGCCGUCGAUGAGUAUGACGAGCUGGUGAUUGUUGACAAAGCUCCCCGCGAACUCGCCGCCUCUGCACCCAAAGUCCCAAACCCUCUAUUACGCAAUCCGCAAUUUCCCUCCACUGCUUGCAUGUGUUUUUUUGGGGGGUUUCCAAUUGAGAGGAAGAGGAUCAAACAUCGACGACUUUUGGGGCUUCCAAUCAAAGGGAAGAGCAGAAGAAAACAUCGACAACUUUUGGCCCUUUCAAAUCUGGGUUUGGGGAGGAGAAGAAGUAAACAACGAUGAUUUUCUGACUUCGGUUAGUUUUGAUUGCUGGGUUUUGGGGUUGCUUUGCUGCGUUUUGGGGUUGCUUUGCUGGGUUGGUUGACUUUCUAUGCUUUGAUGCUAUGCAGAGCUAGCAACCACAAGAAAGCAAAAGAUCGCCUUGAAGCAUCGGCGGUCAACUCCAAGGGAGGUGGCUCGACCUAUAGGCGGGAGAGGGGAGAGAUUUGGCGACAAUCUGGAGGGACAUCUGACCUGGGUUCCUCGCCGUCAGAGUAUUCUCCAAAUCCUCAUGGUCAGAUCACCGCGCGAAUAGUAGUUGCGGGUCAGGGUAGCCACACAGUAGUGGAGAGAACGAGGAAGUUGAAUCGUCGAUGGGGGUUGUGAUUGAAUGGAGUUGUUAACAUGUCCAUGUAGAGAUCACGCUAGCCAACAACAUUCCUUGCAGAGUUCUUGGAAUUGUUAAAGGCUUAAGCACCCAAAUUGGCGCUGCUCAUUUUCUACCUGAUUACUUCGUGUUUGACAUAGAGAUAAGCUAAGAGUAUUCAAUCCUCUUUGGAAGGUCAUUCCUUGCACGAAUGGAACAAGAAUUGAUGGUGUCAAAGGGAGAAGUAACUUUACAUUUGGGAAACCUACUGUACAAAGUGGAGAAGCCAAUCAAAAGAUGUGAUAAAC